AUGGCGUUACAACAUGAACUCUCAACCGCAUCGGUGCUCAAGCUGUGCUCUUUUAUAUUUUGGGGUUUGUCAUACAUAUGGUGCACUGAAAAAUCACAAGGUCACAGCCCUGAAUGGUAUUCCAGAGUAAUCACCUUACUUCAUGGCACUGUUGCUACUGUUGCUGGGCUGUGGCAAUGUGGGGUUACUACUGUUGAUCAAUGUAGACUAAAUGCUAAAAUAACAUCCGCCAACUAUGCACUGAUGAUGUGGUCAUGGGGUUAUUUUGCUUUUGAUCUUUUCUGGUGCCUCUUAUAUUGGACUACCAGCUAUGUCAUUCUGAUUCAUCACGCUACCGCAUUGAUAGCCGUCGGUAUUUACAUAAACAAACCAUACUCUGGAUGUACUUUUGCGUGUACCCUCGCACUUAUGGAAAUCACAAAUCCUUUUCUUCAAACACGUUGGUUGCUGAGAGACGGCGGAUACGGCCAAACAAUCAUCUAUUAUGCAGUGGAAAUAAUAUACCUCGUUAUGUUCGUUGUACUGCGCGGACCAUUUUGCACAUAUUUAAUAUACAAAAUUCUUAAUUCCGAUAUCCUUGAUACCGAUGAGAAAAUCGUAUCAAUAGUUUUGUAUGUUGUUUCUAUUGCGUUCAUAUACGAAAUACUUGGAUAUGUUACAUACAAAUAUAAGAAUAAAAUUAACGAAUUUAAAGGAUUUGCUAAUGAAAUAAGAGUGGUGAUUAAUGAUACCCAGACAGACUGA